CUGAUAAAGAUGACUAUGAAUAUGUCCAGUGAAGAGGAAUAUAAAAGAGUCAAAGUUGACUGUUCUGAUUCAGGAAGGCAUGAGUUCAUAUACAUCAUGGUUCCAACUGUGUACACCAUCAUUUUCAUCAUUGGUAUAUUUGGAAACAGCUUGGUAGUGAUUAUCAUUUACUGCUACAUGAAAUUAAAAACUGUGGCAAGUGUCUUUCUGUUGAAUUUAGCUCUGGCUGAUUUGUGUUUCCUCAUGACCUUGCCCUUGUGGGCUGCUUAUACCGCCAUGCAGUACCGGUGGCCUUUUGGCAACUGUUUAUGUAAAUUAACUUCAGCUGCAGCAACCUUCAACCUGUAUGCCAGCGUGUUUCUCUUGACGUGCCUUAGCAUUGACCGUUAUUUGGCAAUAGUGCAUCCAAUGAAGGCCCGACUCAAGCGUACAAUGUUCAUUGCGCAAAUAACUUGCAUCAUAAUCUGGCUACUGGCAGCCCUUGCAAGUUUACCUGUUGUCAUUCACCGAGGUGUAUAUGUCGUUGAUGCUACCAAUGUGACAGUAUGUGCUUUUUUGUAUGAGACCGUCAACAACACCACUCUGAAAGUUGGAUUGGGUUUAUCCAAAAACAUGUUGGGAUUCUUGAUCCCCUUCGUGAUCAUUUUAACAAGCUACACAUUAAUCUGGAAGACACUGAAAAAGGCUUAUCAGAUUCAGAAGAACAAGCCAAGAGGAGAUGAUAUUUUUAAGAUGAUUAUUGCAAUUGUUCUUUUCUUCUUCUUUUCUUGGAUUCCUCACCAAAUAUUCACAUUUUUGGAUGUGCUGAUUCAGCUUGGUGUGAUUGAAGAUUGUUCCACUAUGGAUAUUGUGGAUACAGGUAUGCCCUUCACCAUCUGCUUAGCUUACUUUAACAACUGUCUGAACCCCGUCUUUUAUGGCUUUUUUGGGAAAAAAUUUAGAAAAUACUUCCUCCAGCUUCUUAAAUAUAUCCCCCCAAGUGUCAGACACUCUAGUCUAACAACAAAGAUGAGUACUCUUUCCUACCGACCAUCAGAAAACUUAAUCCUAUCUGUCAGGAAAAAUGGUGAGCUCUUGGACAUUGAGUGAUGGUUUUACAAGACGAGUCUUCACUUCUGCAACAAGCUGGCAAGAGGGAUGAUUCUCAUGCUCCCAACCACCAGAGCUUAACAUAUUAAACUA